AUGGUCGCCUCAUCGCUCUUCGCGGGCGUCAUCACCCUCUUCGCACUGGGUGCCAGCGCAGCUCCAAAAGCGAUCCACGCCCGUCAAACCACCACCACCACCACUGGCACGGAAAACAUCGGCCUCUACCUCGACAGCGACGAUUUCGACAUCAACUCCCUGCAGACCCUGCGCGUCUCGUACGCCAACACGUCGGCCUACAUAGGCCAGAUCAAGUACGAGGCGUACGCGGAGCCCCUGGUCAUCGGCGCCUUCGACGACGGCGACCAAAACAGCGUCUCUUUCCUCUCGAUCCACCAGAGCCCCACGGGCUACCAGCAGAUGUACAUCAUCGCCGACGAGACCCAGCCCGUGGGAUUCAGCGUCCCCCACGGCAGCGCUCCCCAGGGCGUCACCACGUCGGGCUUCUCUUUCGGACCCGAGGGUGCGUUGCUGAACGGCGGCGUCAACAACUUCUAUGCCUGUCAGAACGCCCAACAGGCGGCGAUGAAUACCUGGCAGAUUUGGUGGUUCGGGGCCGGACAGCCCAACGCUGUGGGCUGCAAGGGGCCCAUUAAGCUGGUCGCGGGUGAUGCGUGCGCGAGGUCUUGA